CUAUAAUGGAAUGCAACCGUUUUGACGCCUAUAGCCAGAUUAUAUAUAAAUGGUCCAAAUGGGCGUCUAUAGUAGUAGUUAGCGACGGCUCUCAAGACGGUACUACCACAUAUGUACAUGCAUUGCCUAGCACUGCACAGUGCCGUCGAAUGCCACCUCAACAAAGUUCAAGUUCCACGCAUUACGGGUCCUGAAUACAAAUUAUCAUUUUCGGGUUUGUGGUCAAGGCGACUUCCGUAGCACGAUGGGGACGCCAGCUAUUGAAAUAAAAGAAAAUUAGUAUGCUUCGAUUCUAUCUUCAGGCAGAUAUAAAGUCAGUCAGACACUUGGUCGGAUGCCAGCGUUUUCUCCGUCACGGUUGCACUCUGCGGAUCCCACUCGCUGGUAAGCCAUGGCGCUCGCAAACUUACUUUUGCUUGCCCUCAGUACGAUCGCGAGCCAGACCGCCCAGGUCGCUGCACUGGGGUCAGCGUGUAGUGUUCCUCUCACUACGGGUCACGCAUUGUGGGGAGAGCCUUACUGGCUCGAGAACAUCCACCAUCAGGGCGUGGCACCGUUUGCACCUAACGCGACGAAGUACAAAGUUUUCCGGAACGUGAGGGAAUAUGGAGCCGUGGGCGAUGGUGUGCAUGAUGAUACUGCUGCUAUUAAUGCUGCAAUUUCUACUGGUAGCAGAUGUGGUAACUUGACUUGCGGGUCUUCAACAACAACACCGGCAGUGGUCUACUUCCCAGAAGGAACCUACCUCGUGUCUGGUCCGCUCCACGCAUAUUACUACACAGUCAUGGUAGGCAACGCAAGAACACCUCCGACGUUGCUUGCCAGUGCUAACUUCACAGGGAUAGCUGUAAUUGAUGCUGACCCAUACACCAACAAUCAAAACUGGUACACCAACCAAGAUAGCUUUUACCGGUCGGCGCGUAACUUCGUUAUCGACCUCAGACGUGUGCCUGCGAAUGUCUCUGCUACUGGUAUUCACUGGCAAGUUUCGCAGUCCACGUCCCUGGUCAACAUAGUAGUGCACAUGUCUACGCAACCUGGAAACAAUCACCAAGGCAUGUAUAUGGAGAGUGGAAGUGGUGGCUUUAUGGGAGAUCUCGUAUUCAACGGUGGAAAGUAUGGUAUCUGGGUUGGAAACCAACAGUUUACCGUGCGUAAUAUCACUGUCAACAAUGCAAACACAGCUGUGUUCGGAUCGUGGAACUGGGGAUGGACUUACCAACGCGUUGUAAUCAAUGAAUGUCAAAUCGGCUUUAAUCUGUCGGGCGGCGGGAAUGGAGGAGAGGCCAUCAUUGACGCAGUGGUCACAAACACCCCUGUCUUCAUCAAGGCACCCAAGCCGACAAAUGUCUCCGUUGCAACAUCCAUCGUAUUGAACAACAUCCACCUCAACAACGUCUCUGUUGCUGUCAUGGAAAACAGAACUACUAUCCUUGCUGGUGGAACAAGGACCAUUGAUUCGUGGGGCAAGGGUAACAUCUAUACAGGAACACACCCGAACGGAACAUUCACACAGGACAGGAUACACUCUGCGCAUAAGGACUCGAGCCUUUUAGACCACAAUGGUUUCAUUGUCAGCAAAGGACAUCCCACGUAUGCUGACUAUUCAGUCGACCAGUUCAAGAGUGUCAGGUCAUUGGGGGCCGUUGGAGAUGGGGUUACGGAUGACACUGAAGCUAUUAAAGCUGUGCUCUCAAAGUAUGCUGGAUGCUACAUCAUAUAUUUCGAUGCUGGCAUCUAUAAGGUUACUUCGACUAUACAGAUUCCUGCAGGAACACGAAUUGUUGGAGAGGCUUGGACCCAGAUCAUGGGCGCCGGCCUUAAUUUCAAUAAUAAAGAGGACCCGAACGUUGUUGUACAAGUUGGCACACCAGGCUCGCAGGGCAUUACGGAGAUUACAGAUAUCGUGUUCACGACGCAAGGACCAGCUGCAGGCGCCAUUGUUGUGCAGUGGAACGUCCACGAUCCUCCUGGUCUCCAAGGAGCUGCCGGAAUGUGGGAUUCGCACAUUCGUUUCUCGCAUGCGAACGGUGAUUGGUUACUCUUUAUUUUAGCUAAUGGGACCCACCUCCAAGAUGCAGAGUGCCCCGCGGGAUCCAUUAAUCCAGAAUGUUUUGCAGCUUUCCUUGCUUUACACAUCACAUGUGGCGCAUCAGCGUAUCUCGAGGGAACAUGGGUUUGGCUGGCAGAUCACGAUCUCGAUGGCUUGAAACAGCUUACCUUGUUCAGCGGAAGAGGCGUUUUGUCCCAUUCUCAGGGUCCUGUCUGGAUGAUUGGUACAGCGGAACAUCACGUGCUCUAUCAGUACAGUUUAAUCGGAGCAAAGAAUCAUUACAUGGGUCUGAUCCAGACUGAGACGCCUUACUUCCAACCUCUUCCCGCACCGCCAGGGCCAUUUGAUGUCUCAAACGUUUACGAUGAUCCGACGUUCGAAAAUGGCAUAGAUAUGGCUUGGGGACUGUGGGUGAAAUCGUCUAUGGAUAUCAUCGUGUUUGGUGCUAGUCACUACAGCUUUUUCCAGAACUACAGCACGGCGUGUGGGAGUAACACUACAUGCCAAACACAGAUCGUCAACGUGGACUGGGCCUCUUCCAUCAGCCUCUACAAUUUGGCAACCGUGGGGACAAGAUACCAACUCAGUAUAGAAGAGAACGGGAUCAUCUAUUUUGCCAACGACUCGGAAGGCUUUUCGUCCACUGUGACGUUAUGGAACCCUGCACGGGCUAUCAACCCAUAAAAUUUAUAUCCUGUAGAAUUUAUAUAUCCCUCAUUUAUUCUUCCCCGACCACGAUUAGUGGGAGACGUUCUUUAUUGGUACAAACGGACAUUGAUAUUCCUCUGCAAACACAUGUCUGCAAACUUCUUUCUUGCAUGCCUACCGUGCGAGCU